UUUAUUCACUUUUCAGUCGGUAUUCACAGUACAAGGCGACACAAUCGCCUUACAACUCUUCUAGUGUGGUGUGGUGUUCGGUACCCGGUCAUAUGUUGAGUAAAUAAUAUAAAUAGUUAAGGGAAUUCACUUAAAAUGGCUAAUAGUGAAUAUGCUACAAAUAAGGCUGAACCAAAUGGAAAAGCAGCGUCAACAACAGGCAGUGCUACUCCUGAGAGAGCGUCGUGGGGACGACCCUUGGAGUUUAUUCUAGCUUGUCUUGGGUAUGCCGUAGGUUUGGGUAACGUCUGGAGAUUCCCUUACCUCUGCUAUAGGAAUGGAGGCGGUGCUUUCCUUAUCCCCUUCUUCCUCAUGUUAAUCUUAAUUGGAUUGCCUAUCUUCUACCUGGAGUUGUACAUUGGCCAGUUCACUGGUAUCGGACCCUUGCAGGCGUUCACUGCCAUUUCUCCCUUCUUCAGUGGCUUGGGUUAUUGCACCCUGAUUGUCAUCUCCAUCAUUUCGAUCUACUACAUGAUCAUUGUCGCUUGGACCCUGUUCUACACUAUCGUGUCCAUCGCUGGCUUCCUUGAUUGGGGCUCCUGUGAUAACGACUAUAAUAGUAAUGCUUGCUACAGUGGAGAAUACGACAACUACUGUAGACAAAAUAACACGGGAGCCGCUAGCGACCUCACCUACUAUCUAAGGAAUUGUACCAGUAUUGGAGAAAUCUGUAUACAAACCGGCUUCGAACCCUAUGAUGGCAAGCAUUGUCUGAAUGGAACUGAAACCAUCCCGUGGUACUCGAAUGUAACAAGGGUUUUGGCAUCUGAGGAAUAUUACAAUGAACGUGUGCUCGGUAGAGGCGAUGCUACUUGGGAAAACUGGGGCUCUAUACAGUGGCACUUAGUAGGAUGUCUCGCACUAUCAUGGCUCAUUGCUUUCUUCUGUGUCAUCAAGGGUGUCCAAUCUGCAGGCAAAGUAGUAUACUUCACUGCAUUGUUCCCUUACGUGAUGUUAACGGCUUUAUUGAUCAGAGGAGUGACUUUAGAAGGAGCUGUGGACGGCAUCAUUUUCUAUUUGUCACCAAAUUGGAGCACCCUGCUUGAUGCUCGUGUCUGGGGUGAUGCUGCUUCACAGAUCUUCUACUCCUUCGGUGUGGCGUGUGGGUCUCUUGUCACGUUGGCUUCGUAUAACAAAUUCAACAACAACUGUCAUUUCGAUGCAGUCUUCGUCAGUUUCGCAAACUUCUUCACGUCUGUGUAUGCUGGGUUUGCCAUAUUCUCCGUGUUGGGUUUCCAAGCUCAGCUCAUGGGUGUUAGUGUCAACGAUGUGGCGACUGACGGACCUGGUUUAGCAUUUGUCGCAUACCCUGAGGCGUUACUUCAGAUGCCUGUCACCAGGUUGUGGGCUAUCCUGUUCUUCCUGAUGCUGUUUAUCCUCGGUCUUGGAAGUCAGUUCGCUGGCAUUGAAGCCAUCAACACCUCUAUUGUAGAUAGAUGGCCACAUUUGAGGAAGAAUUAUUGGAGGGUGACUGCGUUCACAUGUCUAUCGUGUUUUAUAUUGGGACUACCGAUGUGUUUCAGCGGUGGAGUGUACUUGUUUACACUUCUUGAUUGGAACACUGCCUCUUGGGCUAUUCUGUUGAUUGGUAUAGCUGAGUGUGUUGCUGUAUCUUGGAGUUACGGUAUUGAUCGUGCUAUGAAGGAUCUUAAGUCUAUGGGCAUGCCAUUGAACAAGGUGCUACGUUUCUACUGGAGGGCUGUCUGGACUUACAUCGUCCCAGUUGUCAGUCUUGGUAUUCUGAUCUUCAUAUUCUACGACUGGACACCUCCUUACUAUGAAGACUACAAGUUCCCGUUGUUCGCCGACUUGCUGGGCUGGGCUGUCGGUCUAUCAACACUCGUUCUAUUCCCAGUUGGCGUCGGCUGGGCCCUGUACCAUGGAUAUAGAGGCAAAGAACUAUUUACACCAACGGACGCUUGGCAACCCGCAAAUAAGGCUCUUAUCGCUCCUCGGUCAGAUUCGAUUGUUACAACAGACUCCGUGCAUCAAGGACCAUACGACAAUAUGGGAUACAUAAUGUGAACAUAUCAUUAUACAAGUAUAUACUAACACGAAUAUCUAGUCAAAUGAAUUUGGUUUUAGUAACCAAAAUCAAAUUGCUAGCAUUAAGUUCCAAAUACAUCAUAGAAGCGAUACAAUGAAAUAAAAUCGAAUUUCGCAUAUCAGGGCCAUCCAGUCUCCUAAGUAAUUUGUCAUUGCAUUAACCUUGAUUUUUUUUUGUAAAUUGUGCCCUAUUAUUGAAAGUUAAUGUUCAAAAUCGAACAGCAAUGAUAUGCUAUCAAUUUUGAUGCGUGGAUAACUUUCACAGUAAUGUCACACUCGUGAUGCCUCUGGCAUUAAAGGAGUACUUAGUCUUCAGCAAUUGCUUGCUUAUAGCGAGUGAGCUUUGCUGUUGGCGGUAAUAGAAUAAAAAUACAUACAAAAUUGAUGUGAAAUGUGGUAUGUAUAUAACGAUAUAAAGAACUGUUUUGCUUUGCAAACACGUUGUAUUUUUUACUAAAUCCUUUUAUAAGAAUUCAGUUUAUUCAGUAUAGUAAAAUCUAAUGCUUCAAAUAAUGAUAAAAACGUUAUUUUAGAGUUCAUUCUGGCAUUAUUAUGAACUCGACAACUACGCAAAAUAGCUGCAAGUAAUACAUGCAACAAGAUAUAAAUUUAUUUAAUAAAAAAAAUGUUGCAACCUUUUAAUGAAAAUAUAAAUCUGUAUAUAGAUUAUCUGUAUAAUCUUAGUUUUAGUAAUAGAAACUUAGUUUACCAACCCUCAGAUAAAAAGCGGAUAAAAGUUAAAAAAAAGAAGAAAAAAUGCUUGCUUUUUGUGUGAUGAUUGAUUGAGUAAUUGAAUUAUUUCCAUUCAUGGUAAUUUUAUAUUUUUGUGACUAUGUGUUUAUCACUUCGAAACAGGAAUUAUUUAUUUGAACAUAAUUUUGGUCGUAAUGUAUCUAUAAUACAUGAUUUAUUUAGAAUCGAUAUUCAUCUACAUUGUCACGAAAAAUCUUAAUUCAAAAAGGUAAUCUUUUAAAACAGACAAUUUGUUAGGUAUAUAGCAUUUUGUUUGAACAAUUUGUUAUUAAAAGUAUUAAAACAUAAUGUAAAAACUAGAUUUUUAGCAAUCACCAUUGCAUAAGCACCUCUUUAUAAUUAGUUAUGUUAUAAGAGCCGGUAUUAUAAAUAAAUUAAUGUUAAAUCAGA